AUGCGACUUCAUACGUUGACAUGGCUGCUCAGCCUCAGCCUUGCAUCUAUAGUCACCGCAACUGCACCGGUAUUACGAAAUGCGACCGUGACCCGUGGGAUCGAUCUCUUCGAGAUCCAUCUUCCUGUGAACUGGAAAACUGCCGUCGCUGAGGGGGUGGAGUUUGUUUUCGUAAAGUCAACAGAGGGCAUCGCGUACCGGAACUUGCGCUUCAAAUCUCAGACUGGAUCCGCCGCCGCCGCCUCUACCUCCAGUAACACCACCAUCCUCCACGGCGCUGUUCACUUCGCCCUAGCGUCGCAGAGCACCGGCGCCGCGCAAGCCGACUUCUUCAUUUCGCACGGUGGAAAUUGGACUGCGGACGGGGCAACCCUCCCUGGCGUUCUCGAAAUGGAGGGCAAUAUCCCCGGCAAACUGUGCCACGGAAUGAGUGCGACAGAAAUCUCAGAUUGGAUGAUGGAUUUCUCAGACCGGUAUAAGGAGGUCACCGGGCGGAGACCGAUCUUGUUCCUCUCUGCGGGAUGGUGGGAGAAGUGUGCAGGAAAUAAUGAGACGUUCGCACAGGAGCAUCCCCUCUGGUUGGCGAAUUGGGCAGAUGAGAUGGGGGAUCUGCCUGCUGGUUGGAAAGAGGCGACAUUUUGGCAAUAUUCAGGGAGUGCCGGAGAUGGGUCUUGUAAAGUCAAUUUGCCCGAGUCUGCUUCGAGCUCAUUAGCAUUUCCAAUUCUCGCGGAAAACUAG